AUAAUUUUUUUAAUCCAAAAUGUUUGCAUGGAAUAAAAUUAAAACAAAGGAUAAGCAUUUAUGCAUGAAACUGAACUCCUUUUGCCAGGUGGCAAAUGGCAAACGCCACGUCAUACACCCUUCACAUGCAUCUCUUACACGUGUGAAAACCACCACAUUUCGUCUCUUCAAAAUUCCUACCUCUGUUUCCCCGUCUCUCUCGACUCUCGACCAGGCCGCCAUGGAUCCCGACGACGAACUCCAAGAAUCCGGCCGCUUAAUCGCGAAACCCUCCGAUUUAUUCAACAAAAUCGUAUUCAUCCAAGCGGAUAUAAUCUACCACGCCAUCGCCUUCCUCAUCGCUCCAAUCUCCACUCUCCUAUCCCUAAUCUCGGAAUCAUUCCACCGCGCAGAAGAGGCGAAAUCAACCGUCGAGUACGCCGUCCGAAAAUCCCCCUCUGCCGUGGCGUAUCGGGUGAGGCUGGCAGUGAGGAGACUGAGUUACGGCCUUGUGGCGGCGGCGUUCAUGUGCAUGGUAAUGACCCUGCUUCUGGCUACAGCGGCGAGUGUGAGCGCGGUGGCGAUUAGGUUCUGGAUCGAAGAGCCAGUGGCAACGAAGGGGAAUUUGAACUUCGAUUACACUGUGGCGCGCCCUAGGGCAUUGUACGGAGUGGAUUAUAGAGGUGGAAUGAAGACGAAGAAGACGAAGAAUUUGGGGAUUCCGGUAGGGCACACGUUUUCUGUAUCGGUGAUUCUUUUGAUGCCUGAAUCUCAGUUCAAUCGGGCGGUUGGAGUUUUUCAGUUGAGUGCAGAGCUAAUAUCAACAAAUGGGAACAUAAUAGCCGGUUCAAGCCAACCCUGCAUGCUCCGGUUCAGAAGCACGCCGGUUCGGUUCACACGAACUUUUCUCUCGGGUCUCCCUCUACUCUUAGGACUCUCAACCGAAUCUCAAAAGCUAACCUUCCCUGUUCUAAAGCACAAAGAACAAAGCUACCAACGAAGCGGAGCCAUUCAAGUUACUAUCACCCCUCGCAUCGGAACCUCGGCCCUCCCCGAGCUCUACGAAGCUCAUAUUCUAAUAAACUCGAAACUACCAUGGACGAAAGAGUUGGUCCAUCGAUGGCGAUGGACUUGCUUUCUAUGGACAUCGUUCUAUUUUUACCUAACGUUUCUAGCGAUCUUCGUGUACUUUUGGAGGCCGAUCGUGUUUCGUGCAGUGACGGUGGCUCGUUUCGGUUUUGAUCGAGAAGCUUCGAUGAGCAAGGAAGUGGAGAAGUCGUUCGAUGAGAUGGCCGAGGUAACGGUGGAGUUGUUGAGGAAAUGGCAAGAGAUGAGGAGGAAGAGAAAGGCUGCAUUGUUCGGGUACGACGAAGAUGUUGGGUCGACGUCUGCGUCGAGCAUAAGUUGUAGUAGAGAGUAUAUUGGUUCUAUUUUCGAGGAAGAUGUCGGGGACUCGGAGUCAAUGGUUCUAGAAGGUUGGGAGGAGUAGCUUAUGGUUUUGUAAUUUUGGAACGGACACAAUUGGUUAACACCAUUGGAAGCUUUCUAGCUCCAAAAACCAUUUAACUA